AUGAGAAGGUUCCAGCUAAGGGUGGACGCCAACGUGUCGGUGCACAGACCGGGGGAGCCGCUCGGCGUCAGGACAGAGGUGAAGAACAUCAACAGCGUUCGAUACCUGGCCAGGGCUAUCGACUACGAGAUCCGGAGACAGACAGAUGUCGUGCGGCGAGGAGGCAGCGUGCGCAACGAGACCCGCGCCUGUGACCCCAAAUCCGGGACGACUGUGGCCAUGAGGGACAAAGAGGUGUACGAAGACCCUUCCCGCAUUCCAUCGGGUGCUGACGUCCGGCAGGCGGUGGUGGUGCAGAGUUUGCGGGCCAAGCUGCCCGAGCUGCCUGGCGUGAGGAGAGACAGGCUGGUGGAGACGUACGACAUCCUGCCCGAGCACAGCUUCACCCUCUUGAACGAGGAAGGCCUAGUGGAAUACUUUGAGAGUGUGCUGAAGGCCACCAGCCGGGAGCCCAGGAAGGUGAUUGGCUGGGUGACAAACGAGCUGCUGGCCUUCCUCAAACAACAAGACUUGAACGUCAGCCAAAGCCAUGUCUCUCCUUCCUCCAUGGCCCAGCUGCUGGAGCUCCUGGAAGCAGGAAGCAACUCCUCUUCAGUGGCCAAGCAGGUGUUCCAGGAGAUGUGGAGGUGUUCAGGUGCAAAGACGGCGGCUCAGAUCAUCCACGAGCAGGACUUGAGCCUCAUUAGUGACAUGGAGCAGGUGCGCGUCAUCUGCGCCAAGGUUCUGGACUCGCAUCCGCACGAGGUGCAAGCCUUCCGAGCGGGCAAAAAGAAAGUUCUGAACAAGCUGAUGGGUUCGGUUCAGAAGGAGACCAAAGGCCGGGCUGACCCGGUUGCGGUGCGGAAGAUUCUGCAGGCCAAAAUUUCAGAAACUGUAUGAGUUGAUUGUACGACGUAAACUACUAAUGAGCAUCCCUCCAACUGCAUGUAUUGGCUAUAUGUAAAUAAUGUACUUUUUCUUUUUUAUAAUGUAUUACCUUCCUUUCACGAAAAAUGUCACAAGAACCAAUUGAUAAACCCUCACUGUGUAUAUUUAUAUUCAGUUUGUAUCACACAUCAUCUUUCCACAUUGAAAUGAAUGAAAAUGUUAUCCGUUCCAGCCUCCCCCACAAUUUUUUUAAUAGGGAAAAUUGUACUAUAAUAUUGUACUUUAUGAGAAACAGAGUACCAGUAUACUUAAAUAAAAUGUAAAACAAACUUUUUGCAUCAUUUCAUGCUACGAUUCAAUUCAGUGUGCUACUCCUGGUGUGUCAACCUUGGCCACUGGGAGGCAGUAUAAUACUGUACAGUCUUGCAGAAGCAUACAAAGACCAGACUUCUGUUACUACGCAGUAGAUUGCUGUAAUAGUACUCGUUUUUUGUAAAUAGGAUAAAGAAUGUAGACCUGAGUAUUGUUCUAUUAGUCUUUUGAUGUUUAGUUGUGGAGUGACAAAUAGCUUAAAGCUUCUUUUUUAUGUUCCCCCUUCCAUUUGAAGUGUUUUUUUUUUUUUGGGGGGGGGGGGGGGGGAAUGUACAAUCAAUAUGAUAAACUUACCUUUCCAACAGAAUUGUUGCCAAUUCCCUAUCACUUUUUAAUCAUCUCGGCU